GAGUGAGUGCAGUGAGGCACCGGCACAGGUUGCCCAGAGAGUGCCCCAUCACUGGAGACACUCAAGGUCAGAGUGGAGGGCUCUGAGCACUGACGGAGCUGUGGGUGUCCCUGUUCAGUGCAGAGGGCUGCACCAGGUGCUCUUAAAGUGCCCCACUCAAACGAUUCUAUGGUUCUAUUCUGUGUUUCUGUGCUAUAGCACCGAUGUGUUUAGGGGCUUCCCUUUGCAUUUUUCUGAAGUUACGCCACAAAAUGAAUAUGAGAAGUAUCGAUUAAAAGAACGGAGAGCUCUUACGGCUCCGACUACUCACAUAACAGCACUCUCCAUUAACUAAUAACUGCUUUGCCUCAUUUGCUUGGCACACGGGAGGGCUCUGCUGCCCACUAAGCUGCUGCUCGCUAUUCGCAGCCUUCAGUUUUGGCACGGCGCCAACCAGCUCUGUCCAAAUCACAGAACAUUCACUUCAUUUUUUCACAGAUAGCGGCAAUUUUCAUAAGUGUGGGCCCUGAGAUGGGAUCACACUCCGCCGGACCCCACGGGGCGUGAGGCCGCCGUCACAGCGGAAGGGAAUUUCAAGGCUGCCGCGGUUACGCCCGGCUCCAUCUCUCCCAGGACAGGUCGAGUGCCCGCGGCCUACGCCUACUCCCGCUCCUUCCAGGCCCGGCCAGCCCCGCUCCACCGCCAUGGCGACGGCUCAUCCGCUGACGUCACCGCGCGCUAACGUCACUCGCCACAUGACGACACUUCCGGGUUCCGCCCGGCUGCCCGCCCUUCCCGCCGUGCUCCGCGCCUCGCACUACAUUUCCCAGCAUGCCUCUCGUGAGGCCGCCGCUCGGUGGAGCGGUGCUGCGCCGCGGGCUGCUCUUCAGGCCCUAAAGCGUAAGAAGAGGUAUGAGAAGCAGCUUGCACAGAUAGAUGGCACGUUGUCCACAAUCGAAUUUCAGAGGGAAGCCUUGGAGAAUGCCAACACCAACACUGAAGUGCUUAAGAAUAUGGGUUUUGCUGCUAAAGCUAUGAAAGCUGCUCAUGACAACAUGGAUAUUGAUAAAGUAGAUGAAUUAAUGCAGGACAUUGCGGAGCAGCAAGAGCUGGCAGAUGAGAUUUCAACAGCGAUCUCAAAGCCAGUAGGAUUUGGGGAGGAAUUUGAUGAGGAUGAACUCAUGGCAGAACUAGAGGAACUAGAACAAGAAGAAUUAGACAAAAACUUGCUGGAAAUAAGUGGUCCCGAAACAGUACCACUACCAAAUGUGCCCUCAAUAUCAAUACCAUCAAAGCCAGCCAAGAAGAAAGAGGAAGAGGAGGAUGAUGACAUGAAAGAGCUGGAAGCUUGGGCAGGAAACAUGUAACCACAGCAGUAAUCGGCUGGAAAAAGACUUUGAUUACCUAUUCUGGGUGCAAAUAUAUUGUGUUGAGGAGAAAACAUAAGUAAAAUGUCUUUAUCUUUAAUUUUAACCUGAAGCAGUGGGAACUGCGUUGCUGUUUUCUGCAUAGUGUGGUCUGCACAAAGGAAAGAGAGGGGAGCAGAGGGAAUUGCCUGAGGUUUAUACGGUUGAAUUUCUGUAAAAAGGUAUUUGCAAAAUUAAACAUUCAGCUUUUGGACUGUGCUAAUGCCACUGCUGGAUCUUCCUCUUCAAACGUUUGGGCCGUAUUGAAUUGAAAUGAGCUGAAAAGCACUCUGUAAUUUUAAGUCAGUUUAAGUGUGUUUAGAAGUCUUGUAAGGCAUUUAAAAAAAAAAAAAAGGAAAAGUCGUAAGCCACCAUCGGCUUCUUAUUGUGUUUAGGUGCAGGAAUACUUUAGGUUUUUAGUUCUUUGCAAGUUAUAUUUAUAUCCCUUGACUGAUGUGUGGCCAGCCUUGUGUCUGUCACCGCAACAGCGUAGUCUCUAUUCCCAUUUUAAUUGGUGAUAAUGAUCUGCAAUUGACAAAUGCUAUCUUGGAAGUAGGGAAGAUUUAAAUUUCAGUUGUACAUUUUUCUACAUAGCACUACAAUGUUUAUUGCUUUUUGUGAUAAUUGAUAACCCAUUCAGAUACAUGCACACAAUUAUUUUAAUUGAGAAACUACUAUGGAUUGCACUGUAUUAAAUAUCUUGAUUAAUUUUCA